GCGGCGCGGCGCUCGCUCGGCGGCAGCAAGAUGGCGGCGCAACAGCAGCCCCGUGAGGGCGUUACGCAGCUGGCGGGGCCCGCCGCGGAGGCCGACCCCCUGGGCCGCUUCACGUGUCCCGUGUGUCUGGAGGUGUACGAGAAGCCGGUGCAGGUGCCCUGCGGACACGUCUUUUGCUCUGCAUGCCUGCAGGAAUGUCUGAAGCCGAAGAAACCUGUCUGUGGGGUGUGUCGCAGCGCUCUGGCACCUGGCGUCCGAGCUGUGGAGCUCGAGCGGCAGAUUGAGAGCACAGAGACUUCUUGCCAUGGCUGCCGUAAGAAUUUCUUCCUAUCUAAGAUCCGAGCCCACGUGGCUACCUGUUCCAAAUACCAGAACUACAUCAUGGAAGGUGUGAAGGCCACUACUAAGGACGCAUCCCUUCAGCCAAGGAAUGUCCCAAAUCGUUACACCUUUCCUUGUCCUUACUGUCCUGAGAAGAACUUUGAUCAGGAAGGACUUGUGGAGCACUGCAAAUUAUCCCACAGCACAGAUACCAAAUCUGUGGUCUGUCCAAUAUGUGCCUCAAUGCCCUGGGGAGACCCCAACUACCGCAGCGCCAACUUCAUAGAACACAUCCAACGCCGGCACCAGUUUUCCUAUGACACUUUUGUGGAUUACGAUGUUGAUGAAGAGGACAUGAUGAAUCAGGUGUUGCAGCGCUCCAUCAUCGACCAGUGAGCAGAGUCCUUGCUUUCCGUCUCGUGUUCUAGAGCUUCCAUUACAUGUUAAGUGUGAAACCUUUGACUCCUACACCUUAACUGUACAACAGACCUGGAAAUGAGCCAUGGCAUUGGGACAGGGUCACUUCUGAUGGGGGGAACGGGUCCCCGGGUCAGAGCCCUCUUUUCCUUUGGGCUCUCACCAAAGCUAUCUUCCCCACUGUUAAACUUGUUUUGUCACCUGGUUGAGUCGCAUUGGUCCUCAGUUAAUUCCUAGAGCUUCUGCUGCCUCUUCUGGAAGAAAAUCCAGCUUCUUCACCUCCAUGUGUUCUUGUUUCACACUGUUCCUCCAAUCCAGUAUUCAAGUCUCAGAUCCUUUGAGCCAGCCAGGACCUUUUCUGGGUCACAAAUAGCACAAUGAAACAAGCGUCUCCUUUCCUUGCCCUGAGGUUUAUGAGCUGUAGCCACAGUGCAGCCGACCAGGGCUGACACUCCUCAGUGGUGGAGCUGCCUGUCCAUGGGGUGGGCAGUGGCUGCUAGAAGCUGAAGUUUGUACCCUGGGAAACAUUUCAGGAACCCUCUUGGGGUGAACAUUCUGGGUUUUGCAUGAUUUGAUGCUGGAAAUUUUAUUAGUGAUAUUUUGCUACACUCCUGCAAACCCUUAGAAUUAACUGGUUCAGUCUUAAAUGCCUGCAUGGUGCCUUUUUUUUUAGGAUAAGGUAUAACCAUAUAUUUUUAGUGGAGGUGUUUCUAGGUUAGGAAAGUUAAACAGCAUUUUUCCAUAAGUGGGGAAGGGAGUCAGCUAAGAGAGCGGGAGGGCCAUAGCUUUUUGGUUUUCAAGCUAACAAAGUAUUUUCAGAUGACUGGGUCACAUUUACCUUUCUCUUUGAGGGCUUGUGUACAUUCUUGUCCUGAAGCAUGAAAAGGAGAUAAAAUGAUUAAAAGGAAAAAGGUGUGGGGGAUCUGGUGGCUACUAGUUCUUUUAUCUUUUACUUGGUAACUUAGAUUAAACUGAGCAUUAUUUUACUGUCACAAAUGGUUUCUUUAUGACACUUGUUUCACCAUCCAAAUUGCUGUUUUAAAACCCUGGCUUUCAACUCUGAGAGAGGCUGUGGUGCACCCUGUUGUCUCUUACAAGACACACUGACUGCAAGGCACAGCACGCCCUCUGACGAGAAGUUAAUAAAAGCUGUGUACUGGGAACGUGGUUCAGUAGCUGUUCGAGAAGCUUGAAGCUGAGCAUGUUUCAUGAAUAUUAGUUCCAAGAUAAGAGCUGCCAGCUACUGUAUAGGAGCAGAAUCUCUGAUGGACCAAAAGGCUUAUGGAUUUGGUUCAUUCUUUUGUGUCACACAUCUCCAGUUUGAAUAUGGCAGUUUUUUCCUGGUCAGUGGCCAAGGUUGCAAAUGGCUUUGGGCCUGUACCCUAUUGCUGUGAGCUCUUACCACCCACCAUAAGAGCUAACUGCAGUUGCCUAAUAACCAGCAAAGACAGGGGCCUUUUUGGGCCAUGUAGUUUUUUUCUGAUUUGUUAUUACUUGGGAGGACCUACAUGUUAAGGUCAGCUUCUUUACUGUAACUUCUGGGAAAAGUUCACUCAGACCUCCCUGAAUUGAGAUUGUCUCGGUAGAAACUUGGAGGGAAGUUUGAUAAACCCUUCAUUGGAGGGGAUUGAGAAGAGCACGGACAUCUCACUGGUGGAACCAAGAAACUAAUUUCCUUGUAUUAAGUGCACUUCAUGUAUUUCUAAUAAGAUGACUUUCCAGAAAGUGAAAUUUGUUAUGUUCUGGCUUUUAAAAGGUGAAAUAUAAAUAAAUUUCAUAAUUUAUCCA